CCAAAAUGGCGGCGGCCGUUGGCGCGGAGUGCCGCUGGUAGUUCCAUUGCCUUACCCAUCUGCCUGUGGCAAAAUGUGAAAGGAGAAGCGGCUGGUGGAGGGGGUCAUAUGCAAUGAGUCGGCGAAGGAAACAUGGGGACAGCCCUGGCCUGAAGAACACGCCGCUGAAGGCGGCGGCGGCGGCUGAGGAAUGCACCUCUGUGGUCGAGCCAGGGAAGAGGCGGCUGAGGGCGUCCCGCGGCUCGGGGCUCCGCCGGGUCGCAGAGGGGCCUUCCCGGCCCCUGCCGCAGCAAGAGCAGCCUCCAGCAGCCGCUUCGUGCAGUAAAAGUAACCCCGAGGAAAGGUAUGAAACACCAAAGAGAUUGCUGAAAAUGGAUUUAUUAUCAUCUACCUUCAGUUCUCCUAACGAUCCAGAUGGACAGAAUGAUAUCUUUUGGGAUCAAAAUUCUCCAAUGACAAAACAGUUAGGUAAAGGAAGAAAAAAACAGAUUUACACCACAGAUAGUGAUGAGAUCUCACAUAUUGUUAAUCGUAUUGCUCCUCAGGAUGAAAAACCAACAGCAAACUCCAUGCUGGGCAUGUGGAUUGGUGCAGCUGCCAUUCCUUGUACUCCUAAUGUUGCAAAAGGAAAAUCAAGAGCAAAAAUCAGCUGCACAAAGUUAAAAACACAAAAUCGAGAGGAAGAACUUAUGAAGUUGGCUAAGCAAUUUGAUAAAAAUAUGGAAGAGCUAGAUGAGAUUCAAGAGCAAAACAAGAGAAAUCAUGAUUUUAUCCAGACAAUUUCAGAAACAGAGACUUUAAAUAAUUAUGAAGAUAAUGUACAAAUGCAGUUGUUACAUGAUAGAGUUCUUAAAAUUGAUGAUGCUAUAAUAAGGAAGCCAGUGAAAGAAAACACCAAGAUACCUGUGGUAAAUGAUCAAAAUAGCAGUCAGAAGCCAUUUGACCAAAAUGCUGAAGCAGCUUUUAAUGCCAUUUUUGAUGGUUCUACUCAGAAAUGUAGUGGACAGAUAAGUCAAGAUCUGUCAGAUGCUUUUUUGAACAUCAGUAAUACCACAAUUGGAGAGAAAAGUGCUCUGAAAGAGGAGAAAAUCAUUACUAACGAAACUCUGGUCACUGAAAAACUGCCAAAUAAUAACCCAGGAUCACUUUCUUGUCAAGUAGAUACUCCAGGAAUGACAAAAUCCUGUAUGAUUUCCAGUACUAAGGAACCAGAAGCUUUUAAUAAGCACAUUGAUGCAUUUACCACCAGUGAGUUUGAGGAUGAUUGGGAAAACUUACUAAGUAAUGAACCUUUUGUUAUGCAAAAUGUCAAAAUGUCUGAACUUUUCCCUGCUUCUAAAACAGCCCAAGUUACUGAUCAAAAGGGAAUUUGUACCUUUAGCAGUAAAAAUGAUAAAAGUAAGUCGAGAACUAAUACAAGCCUAGAUGCUAGGUUCAGAGAUUCAAAAAUUUUACAAGAUCUUCCUUCAGAGACACAUAACAGUGAAUUAACAGAUGCUGGAAAAUACAGAUUUUCACCAAAUCCAAGUGGUAAACCAAACAAAUUACCAUCCACUGGAAAUAAAAUGAAAUUUGAGAAAUCUUUAAAUAAAAUUGUUGUUCAAGACAAAAUUCAAGGUUGUGCAGUUGCAUUUAAUCUGACAAAAGUAAAGGAAGAUAUUCAUACUAAAUAUACUUCUAAUGUAAAUGCUUCUGAAAAAAAGUCUUUGAACACAGGAUAUUCUAAUGAACAAAGAAAUAAGUCCAUUUUUAAUCAGUCUUUUAAAGCACCUGCUAAUAUAGAUCCUUUUGGCUCUGAAACUUUGGGCAAUGAAACCAGUGUUCAUAACCCAGAUCAGACUAAUGCAUCCAAGUUAGAUUCUUUCUUUGAUGAUUGGAGUGAUCCAUCAUUUGCCAAUGAAAUUGCUAAAGCAUGUCAUCAAUUGGAGAAUGCCUGGGAAGCAGAUGAUGUAGAUGAUGAUUUAUUAUACCAAGCAUGUGAUGAUAUUGAAAGACUAACUCAGCAACAAGACAUUAGAAAAGACAGCAAGACAUCAGAAAGAAUACCUGAGAUCCAUAAUAGUUCCACAUAUGGAGCCAAAAACAUGUUCACUACAUCUAAACAAAGAAGUCAGUUGAUGCAGUGUAAACAUUUGAAUACGAAUAGCGUUUCAGUGCAUACGUCUUCGUUGACAAAUAACUCACAAAUAAAUAAAUCAAUGAAGAUGGAGAAAGGGGAAAUUUGUGGAAAUUCUCCAAGUUUUCUAGGUGCUACAACAAAUUUGACUAUAUACCCUAAGAACUCAAAUUGUCAGGUCAAUAAUCUGCAUGUCUCUUGGAAUAACACUGAUAUUCCAAUACAAGUAAAUGGUUCCAAAUCAGUUCUUACAGGAAGUUCAAGUUUCACUGUGAGUUCAGAUCAUAUGAGUACAGAAACUGCUACUUAUAAGAAGAACGUGAGUACUAAGCAUCCAUCCCAUAGGACCGUAACAGAUGAAGCACAGAGGGACCUUAACAGAACAGUUAGAUUUUCUAAGUAUACGUUUGCAAAGGUGAAAAAUUCUCAGAUUUUUUCCCAGUUUAAUCAAAAUUGUGUAACAGGAAGUAUUUCUGAUACCAAAAUCACACAAAGUUUGGAAAAAAAUAACACUCCUGUUACCCCGUUAUGUGGGAAGGCUGUUCCACAACAAUCUUUGGUGAAACUUUCUGAGUCUUUGAAACAACCUUCAAAAGAGGAAGAAGAGAAAAAUAGAAAGUAUUCUCCUGAAGAAAUUCAGAGAAAAAGACAAGAAGCACUGGUUCGAAGAAUGGCCAAAGCACAGGCAUCAUCUCUAAAGGCAACUCCUACUUAACUUGAUUUCUUUAACGAAAUACUACUUGGAGGACUUAACAAAGACAGUUGAUAACUAUCUAUGAUAGGAAAUAUUUUUUCUUAAUUUCUCUGUGAGAAAUUUAAUGCUGCAUUAUAAAGCGUGGACUUCUACUUUAUUUAAUAAAUCAGUGUUUGCAAUUGUCAAUGAAACCUUUCCUUGGAGAUAUAUGUGAAAGUAAUUGCAUGUAAGUUUUGGAAAUUCAGGAAAGUUAGCAAUUAUGUAGUAGAAUUAUACAGAGGAAAGUCGUUACAUUUUUAAAUAUUGUGACAGAGGAUCAUCAAAAAAUAGGUAAUAUACUUAAUUUUUUCUUGUAAUAAGUCUUUUCCUAAUAUAAAAUUUAUAGUUUUACUUUUAAUAACUGUUCCUUAAAGUUUUUAUACAUUUCUAAAUUUUAGUUAAUACUUCCAUAUUCUUAGGAACAUAGUUGGUAGGAAAUAAAGUACUUCAAUUUAUUUGUAAGGAAAUUACUGUUUUGGUUCCUAGUCUCAAAUAUAUUUGAAUUUUAAUUCUCUAAAACCUGAUACAUUUGGGAAACUUUCCACCAUUUUUAGGGAAGAUGCUGAUUUGAGAAAUUUAGUUUAGAAAAAAGAAAGUGGAUUGGCUAUAUAAGUAAUGUAACUUCAAUAACAUUUAGACCUGUGAGAAACUUUAGAUAUCAUCUGGUCCAGCUUCUUUCUUGCAUAGGUGAGAAAUGAAUACUGUUAUUCUGAAAGUCAUAAGGCAAGUUAAAGCUGUGCUGGGAUUAGGAUGAUUUUUUUCAUUCUAAUGGAUACUUUGACAGUUGUACCAUUUGCCUCGGUAUUAAUUAGCACAUAAAAUAAUUUGUUUGUGGGAGUAUUAAUUAUUUUAUAGUAUAAAACUAAAAAGUAACUAAAAGUACAUUAAGGACUGUUUAAUAAUAAUGCUCAUUGUUUCUUAUAUUAAAGAAUUAAAUAUUCCAGGAUAUAAAAAUGAGAAUCUUCUAUUUUCAGUUUUCCUAUAACUAUGUAAUUUUACCUUGAUUAAUUUACUGGCUUGACAAAUUUGUUCUUCCUAUUACUUUUUUUUUGCCUGUUUGGAAUUUGCUAAGCCAGAAGUAAACAUCUAAGCAGAGCGCAUAAGGGCAGUAAGAAUGCUUUAUUCAUCCCAAAUGGCUUUAGGAGACCUGAUGAAAUUGCAGAUGUGAAAUACCUAUUAGGGUGUUCACCGCUAUUCAGGUGUCUUAGAGCUAUGAUAAUAUCAAAAUAAUUAAAUGUAUUUUAAAGUAUUGCUAUAUGGAGAUAGAUCAUUUUGAAAAUUGUAUAUUCAUAUAUACAGUGAAAUAACACAUUCUAGGCAACCUUUAUUAUUUGUCUAAGAAUAGAUAAUAAAGAACCUAAAUAAAUAUAGGUAAGUUUUAUAUGUAAGAAAAUGAAGAACUGAGAAUCUUUAUCUUUUUCUAAAGUGAGUUCACUGUGUUCUUACUAUCCUUUGGGUAUCUCUACCUUUGCUUAAGCUCUUCCCUACCUGCCACUUACUUCUUCCAGAGUGUUUUUAGCCUGUUCUGUCCAUUCAUUAAGACUCAGCCUAAUAAGUCUCAGUUUCUCUGAAACUCGUACCUGACCAUCCUCACUGGAAUUGAUUUCUUCUCUCUGAUUAUGAUGGUACUUAUUCUUGUAUGUUUCCUGGGGCAAUUCUGUAAAGCCUUAUGUGUUAUUCGGUUGUAUAUGUAUUCUAGUAAUAUUUCUAAAACUUCUCAUUUUGCAUCUCUUUCAUAAUUUUGCUAUUUCUCAUAUAGCAUAUACUACUAUUUACUUAAUAGUUUUCUUAAAGUGACCUCUUUCUCUUUAAAAGGAUACUUUAUAGUACUUAUGAAUGGUGGGUGGAGUAGUGGCCCAGCAUAUCUGAACCUGAAUAUAAUUGGGUUUCUAGGGUUACACCUGCUGUUCACACUCUACUUUGCUAUCCUAAUUCUUCUUCCUUUUGUUGUUGUUGGAAACAGUAGGGGUUGAGUGGCCCAUGAAUGAGCAUGCAGAGCCUGUGUAGAUAGUUUCUCUGGCUUGUCUCUUUCCAGUCUGUGGAAUCUGUUUCCACACAGGGGAGUGGCAACUGGUAGGCCUGGCAGUUCUAUUCCAGUUUAAGCUCUGCUGCUGUUUAUGCAUCUCAGGCUGGCUACAGAAGAACUGAAGCUAAUAAUGCCAUUAUUGCAAGAAAGUCUAGCAAAGUAGAGCCUGUCUUUCAUUACUCUUUCUUGCUGCAGACAUAACAACCCUGAUCCCAGGAAAACUUGGGUUGCAUAUUACAGACACAGUCAGUGGUAUACAGGCAUGUACCACACCUUGGGAAAUACUGCUUGUAUCAUUAUACUCUAUUACUAACAUUUAGGUACCUGAGAAUAGAGGUGCCUUACUUAUCUCUGUCUACCUGUUACUGAUAUUUAGUGGUUACUUAUUAAAUGUUAAAUGAAUUUAGACAGAUUCUGGUGGCAGAGAUUCUUCCUUGCCACACUGGAAGUAAUCUGACUCUGAUUCUUUGAGCUUCAGGAUUGGAAAAUGUUUCUAAGAACAGUUUAAAUUUAGCCUAACACUGAUUAGUGUAAGUGAUAAUGUAUCUGAAGUCUGACCGUGGUUUUCAAUUCUUGCUGGGACGUGGUGAUCAAAAUCACUUGUGGAACUCAAAAACAGAAUGACAAACUUGUCUCCUGUGCCUUCCCUUAAACUUCAUAAAUGAGUAUGUCUAUGGGUAGAUUUCAGAUGUGUAUACUUUAAAGUGCAUCGGCUAUUAGCCAACAGGGUUGAAAAGAAAUUAUAAUUGCUAAACUUACAUAACAGUUGCUGAAUAUUUUAUUUACCAUGAAUGGUUUUAAGAAAUUUACAAUAACUCAUUUAUUUCUCAAAACAAUCAUAAAUAAUGCUUUUACCACCAUUUUCCAAAUAGGGAAACUGAAGUAAAAACCAGAGGUCCAUGGAAAUUAUCUGUAUGUACAGGAAAGAAUUGUAGCAUUUCAGGCAUGUGUGCCAAAAAACUCACUAGAAUUCUAUAGCUUAAUUUUAUGGCUCAGAAGAAUUUUUUUUCCAAUCGCAAUUGCUGUUACAGAUGACUCCUGUACUUUAUGUGUAUGUGAGUGGGUGGGUAUUGAUUAUAUGAAUCCACAUAGAGGUCGCCUUUGUUUUUCAUUCAAUUAUUAAACAAAAAAAUAGAGAAAUAUAUAGAAUGUAUAGCUAUUUAAAAUGUCAUUUUACUUCACUAUUUUAGUAACUUCUGGGUGUUCUGGUUUUAAAUCUAUUGAGGAGAACAUAAUUGCCUAGUCCAAGAUGUAAUGGCUUACCUCAAGCUGCUAGUAAAACUCUAAUCCAGGUAAUAAAAUUAAGAUUUCUGGUUAGAUGCACACUAUAUAGAAUAGUGGUAUUCUGCUUUUAAUUUGUUAC